UUCUCACUGUUUAGGAAAAGAAAAUAGAAAAAAACUCCCACACAAAUACAAAACCUCCCAAAUAAACAAUCGAGCAAAUCAGAUUAGGGAUGCUCAGCAAUCGAUUUCUAAUGGAACUCCCUGUGAAAUGUGAACUUGCCAUACAUGUCAGUGCCUACGCAACUGCAAAAAGCUGAAGGCCUCCCCUCAAAAAACAUCUUGGGACAAAAAGUGAACAUGCAGAGGUUCCAGCACCAGCUGCCUCAGAGGAGCCAGGCACAGCAUCUCUGCAGUAGCGAGGGUGGAGGCUGCCAGCAGGGCAUGGCUGAUCACUAUGGACAUGGUUGUGGAAAGGUGGUGUCCCACAGAGAGCAUAUAUGCCAGGAUGUAUCCCCAUGGCACUGGUGCAUGGUCACAGAGAUUUCCUCUGUGACCUUGCUUCUGACCAUAUCCUUUCCCCUUUCACCUUCAUGGUUAUUUGUUUGCUGUUACCUGUAUUGGAUGUUCCAAACUUGCAAUAGGAACAGCUCCUCCAAAAUGCUACAUUUUCUGCUCCUUUCCUGAGGCUUGAGGCAACCUAUCAUGGAGCACAAAGGACACAUGGCAGCUGUGAGCACCUUGCAGAUUACAGAUCUGCAUCUAUAAAAGCACUGCCACUGCCUCUUUGCAGUUUGGUGCACUCUGUUUCCUGCAGCCACAUGAAACAUUCCCUGAGGCGUUCCAGCCACUGCAACAGUGACAAACCAGCACAGUAACAGCCCACAGCCACUGUAUGAAGCCAGGAUCUUACUCAUCAGCUUUUGCACUGCCUCAGGAACACUGUCCUACCCUUCAUCAUAGAUCUGUACUCAGCUUUGCCUGAGCUGGACCUUUAGCAUCAGCUACAUCUCCAGCAAGAAGCACUUUUUGCCAGGAGUAUAAUUUCCUCCUCUUAAAUAAGAUCAAAAGCUUUCAAUAACCAGUUUGACCUAUGACUUGCAUUUCCUCUUGGACUUGCCACUGGCUUACAGGGAUUUACAUACCCAUCAGCACUUUCAGAACAGCAUCACAGGCUGAAUGGGGGAAUGUGUGUGUGUGUGUCCAAGUUUCCUACAUCUCUAAACUUAUCAGUCAGAAAAUCAAAUGUUGGGGCUUUUGCAUGUCAUUAUUGCUUACCUAUUUUAUCAUUUAGCCUAAUUAGCUAACUAGGCUAAUUUAAUCCUCAGCAUUCACUAAUCCCAAUUAGAGAUGGGCCCAAACCAGGACCUGGGUCCCAAUUAGGAGAUAACAAGCUCUUGGCAAUCUGCUGCCUCCAGCAAUCCCUGCAGCUGAUAGUGAUGUGUGGGAGUGCAGGAGCCCCCAUGAAACAGCAGGGAAUUGCAGACCCCCAUAAUCUCUGUGCUCAAGCUUUAAAGACAACUGAGCAGCAGAUUAGGAUCUAAAUGCAUCAUUUUGCUGUGCAGUGGUCUGUAUAUAUCUUGAGCACUACACCCUCUCCUCCUGGCCCCCCAAAAAAGUGAAGGAGAGUUGGUUUUUGCACAUGUCUGCGUCAGUUGCAUCAAACCAUCCAUGGUGGCCAGAAGAGCCCCUGACUAUUAAAGCACCUCUGUCUCAUCAUCCUUUGCAGCUGCUUCUUGUCCCCUUGGCUCAUUCUGAACGUGACAUCAUGACAAUGCACAUACAUGGUGUAGCCACUAUGCACAAGUAACUGAAGCAAGAGAUUUUGCCCAGAUUAAAAAGUGAGCUUAUUCUGCAACACCUGUGGUCAAAUGGACAGAGCUUGGGGCUUGAUUCUGACUUGGCUGUUAAAAAGGGCUGCUUGUGUCUGCUCUGCUUCCUCACACACAAGGGAGGGACAGUGACAUGCAGAGCACCUGCAGCACUUCAGCAUGUCCCCAUGAACAUCAGCUCCAAGAGUCCAUCACUGUUUCACCAAAGCUACAGAGCUGAAGGAUGAGGUAUUAGUGGAUACCACCACCUCCUGCAGAUCCCACACCAUCAACAUGGUUUCUUUCAGCACAGAGCAGCGCAGAGAGACUGAUCAGCACUCACCCCCUUGAUGUUUUCAAAAAGCCAUGUCUCUUCCACUCAGGGCUGUGCCUGGUCCAUCUUCCCCAGUAGUAGGGAAGGAUUUUACCUUCUGCAGGGCUGGCACCACUGGUGAGACAUGCUGCAUUCCCCUCCAGGGAGGCAAAGGGCUUCUGGUAACCAGUGCAGGCAGGAGGCUCCACGUGGGCCUCCUACAGCCUUUUCCUAAGUAUGUUCUUCUUCCCCCAGCCAGGAACAUCUGACUCUGCCAAGUUGUGGAUGCAUAAGUUGCCAGCUCCUCUCACUGGAAGCUAAUAGCUAGCUCACUGAACAAAGAAAAUCCAAUUUGGCAAAAAAAGCAAGCAGUCUUAUUCUAGUUUCUCAUAUUUUUUCCCUGCUAGUGCAGUUCAUCAGACUUUUCACUGAUUUAUACCUUGGAUGCAAGAAGAGUUUCAGACUCAAGGUUAUUCUCCUGUCAGAUGUAGGCAUGUCCUUGCUCUAACACAGAAUGAAAGGGCUUAUGAGCAGUGGAUGUUCAAAGGGAAUGAGACAUGGAGCUCCUGGAGCAGGUCCAGUGCAGGGCAAUGAAGAUGAUUAAGGGAGGAUGACAGGCUGAGGGAGUAGGGCCUGUUCAGCCUCAAGAAGAGACAACUGAGAGGGGAAGUCAUCAACAUUUAUAAGUAUCUGAAGGAAGGAUGUCAAGAGGAGGGUCACUGGUGCCAAGCAAUAGGCCAUAAGGCAGUGGGCACAAACUGGUGCACAGGAACUCCCACCUGAACACAAGGAAGAACUUUACCGUGCAGGUGACAGCACUGGAACAGAUUGCCCAGAGAGGGUGUGGAGUCUUCCUCCCUGGAAAUAUCCAAGAACUGUCUGGAUGAAAUCCUGUGCCAUGUGCUCUAGGAUGACCCUGCUUGAGCAGGGAGGUUGGACCAGAUGAGCCACUGUGGUCCCUUCCAGCCUGACCCAUUUUGUGGUUAUGUGAGUGUUCACAUCUGUAUGACAAUUAUGUGGGCAGUGGUGGGCCACAAGACCCCAGGUGCCUGGAGAAUGAGGCUCCUUCUGCUGGCAGCUGUAAUCACAGCUGGCCUCCUCCUGCUCUACAUCCUGCUGUGCUACGAGGAUUUCCAUUUCCACGUGGCUCAUGUGUAUGCUCGCCUGGGGUACCCCAAUGCCCAGCACAUCCUGGGACAGAGGUAUUUGCAAGGAGCUGGAGUGGAAAAAAAUGAGGACAUGGCCAUGCACUGGUUCAGGCAGGCUGCGGGGCAGGGCCAUCCCCACUCCUCCUUCAACCUGGCGCUGGGGACACUCCGAAACAUGACCGUGGCACUUGAAGAAGGGGAAGUGGAGAAGCUCCUCAGCGUGGCAGCAGCCCAUGGGGUCCUAGAAGCUCAGCAACUUUUGGAAAACAUCUUUAAAAGCAGAAACCUUCCUUGAGUGACUGCUGCAACACCAGUGCUCAUCCAACCUUGCCUUCUU